CAUUUGUUCCCUCAUCUACCUGUUUUCUCAACGGCCAGUAAGGGGCAUAACUGUCAUUUUUCUCCUAUCUGAAAAACAACAACUGAGAUAGCAACCAGCCAGCAGCAAUAAGAGAAAAAUAAAAAUACAGAAGUACCACAUUAUGUUAGUUUUACACUAAAACUCACUCUACUCAAGCAGUUGAAGUUGCCGUUACCAAAAUAAACAUCAAAGUUUACAAACUUAAUCAUACCCUUUAAUUUAUCAAGUCUUCAUUCUUGCAAUGAUGCCUCUCUCUCACCAGUUGUUUCUUUUCUUUGCUUCUACUCUAUAGACUAUAGCUUUUCUUUUAUUUCAAGAACAUAGAAAAAGAUUUGAUCUUUCACUCCAAACUGAGUUCUAUUUUCUUGAAGAAUCAUUACCCAUUUGAGAAAAAAGCUGAAAUGGAAACUGGUUCGAGCUCAAAUUCUGCAAGUAAGAAGGAGAAACAAAAAGAGGGAGCUAAUAAGACAAAAACAAAGCUAGCCUCUAUGUUGCCAAAGAUCGAACCUUUUGUGCCAAGAACUGAUCAUCUUAAUCCAAGAGAACUGAGAUCUUGGGCUAAAAGGACUGGUUUUGUCUCUACUUUUUCUAGUGAAACUGCUGCAAGUAACAGUGAGAAGUUUGAUACUAGAGCUGGUUUUGACUUGGAGAAGGGUCCUGACCAUCAUAAGAAUGGUGGAUCGUCUCCGAAAAUUGAGAUUGACCCGGUUCUGGGUCGGACGAGACCUGCUAGAGGGUCAGAAAUUGAAUCAGAUUUGGGUUCUGCGUCUAGGCCAGGUAAUGGGUUAAGGAAUUGGAAAGAGCGGAAUUUUGGGUUGUUGAGAGAUGAGAAUAACAAGAGAAAUGGAGAUGAGUCCGUUUUGAGAGUUAAAGAACAGGAAAGGAAAGUCGAGCUAAAUGGAAAUGGAAAUGCGAAUGUAAAUGGAAGUGGAAAUGAAAUCCCACUAAUUGCUCCGGGUUUAGAGCCGAAGAAGGAGGAAGAAAAUGGUGGAAAUGAUAUUGGAAUUGAGAUGUAUCCUGGUGGUGGGAAUGAACCUGAUGAUGGAGGGUGGCACAGACAAAGUGGAAUGAGAUUCGGUUUGAGAGAUAAUCCUGGUUUUGUACCACUUAUAUAUUAUGGUCUGCAACACUAUUUAUCACUGGCUGGCUCACUGAUUUUCAUCCCCUUAAUCAUUGUACCAGCCAUGGGAGGAACAGAUAAAGACACUGCUAUAGUGAUUUCUACAAUACUGCUGAUCUCUGGCAUAACAACAAUACUGCAUUCCUACUUUGGUACCAGACUUCCAUUAGUUCAAGGUAGUUCAUUUGUGUUUCUGGCACCAGCAUUGAUUAUCAUGAAUGCACAGGAGUACCGGAAUCUCUCUGAACAUAAAUUCAGGCACAUAAUGAGGGAGCUCCAGGGAGCUAUAAUUGUUGGUUCAAUAUUUCAAAGCAUCAUGGGAUUCACUGGUUUAAUGUCCCUCCUUCUACGAUUGAUUAAUCCAGUGGUAGUUGCACCAACUGUUGCUGCAGUAGGUUUAGCAUUCUUUAGUUAUGGUUUUCCGCAAGCUGGUAGUUGUGUGGAAAUUAGCAUACCUCUAAUACUUUUAGUUCUUAUAUUCACCCUGUAUCUUCGAGGAAUAUCUAUCUUCGGACAUCGCUUAUUCCGAGUUUAUGCAGUUCCCCUGAGUGUCGUGAUUAUAUGGACAUAUGCAUUCUUUCUGACAGCUGGUGGAGCGUAUAAUUUCAAAGGUUGUAGCCCUGACAUACCCAGUUCGAAUAUUUUGGUCGACUCGUGUAGAAAGCAUGCAUAUACAAUGCAGCGUUGUAGGACUGAUGUUUCUAAUGCAUGGAGAACUUCUGCCUGGGUCAGAAUUCCUUAUCCUCUACAAUGGGGUAUCCCAAUUUUCCAUCUAAGGACUUCCUUGAUCAUGAUAAUAGUAUCACUGGUUGCAUCAGUGGAUUCGGUUGGAACAUAUCAUUCUACAUCCUUGCUAGUUAACUCAAAGCCUCCAACUCCUGGAAUUGUCAGCAGAGGAAUCGCAAUGGAGGGAUUCUGCAGCGUAUUGGCUGGACUUUGGGGUUCAGGUACUGGUUCAACCACCUUGACAGAAAAUGUGCACACCAUCAACAUAACUAAGGUGGCUAGUCGCAGAGCUGUGGUUAUUGGAGCAUUUUUCUUGAUCCUCUUCUCAUUUGUAGGGAAAGUGGGUGCCAUUCUUGCUUCAAUACCACUGGCAUUAGCUGCUGGGAUACUUUGCUUCAUGUGGGGCCUUAUUGCUGCAUUGGGUCUCUCAACUUUGCAGUACAGUCAAACUGCAAGUUUUAGAAAUAUCGCCAUAGUAGGUGUUUCAUUGUUCCUAGGCAUGUCAAUUCCUGCCUAUUUUCAGCAGUAUCAACCUGAAACCAGCUUAAUACUACCAAGCUAUUUUGUUCCCUAUUCGGCAGCAUCAAAUGGACCAGUCCACACCAGCAGUAAACAAUUUGAUUUUGCAAUAAAUGCGCUCAUGUCGUUGAACAUGGUGGUGACUCUCUUGGUGGCAUUUGUGCUUGAUAACACAGUCCCUGGUACCCGACAAGAAAGAGGGGUGUAUAUAUGGUCACAUCCUGAAGACUUGGUAACUGAUCCAUCUUUACAUGCUGAUUAUUCUCUUCCAGGAAAGGUUUCCCGGUUUUUCUGCUGUUUGAGAUGUUUGCAUACAUAAUAUAUAGCUUUUGGCAAAAUGUAAAAAAAAGUUUAUUGCAUCACUUUCAGCAGCACACAGCACACAGCAUAUGCUCAUGAGUAGUAGAUGUGGUUUGUGAAGUUCCUAGGUUGAAAUACUGUUUGCUUAGAUUGGGGCCAUGAAGAUAAAGCAGCUCACACAUAGUAUUAGUAAUCUUUAGAGGUUAAUACACGAAUUCCAUACAUCACUGAUUCAGUGACAUUGUAUUUUAUAAUAGAAAGAAACGUGGUUGAAUUCAGAUAAUGUCAAUAGUCAUUCUUUGAAA